CGCCUGCCAGGUUUGCAGCAGCCUUCACUAGUGUAGUUAAUUUUUGAAGGUUUUUAUUUCCGUUGAACCGCUUGCUCACCAUUCAAGUUACUAAAGAGGCAUCACGGCCCUUCCACUCGUUCUCGGUUUUAUUCCCCGCCCACCUCUCUGUGGAUUUCCCGGUGUUAUCACGUCGACAUCCUUUCCGUUGUCACAAUUGCCCUACUUUUCUUUUAUUGCAUGACACGCCGUUUUUACUCCACUGCAAAUCGCCAAGCUCCUCACUUGAACAUACCCGCAUGCUUUCACACCUGGCAUCGAUUCCAAACAAGUUAACUUAUAAGCCGAUUACAACUCCCACCAGGCCUCUCAUGAGGCUGUGGCCCACGGCGACUCAGUUAUGACGGGCUCUGAUCAUGAAAAGCCGGCGGACGUGAGGACCUCUCGCUCUCAGCCAUCCAUGGAGCCACCAUCGCACUCACACCCCGAUGCAUCGUCAUCUAUGGAGAAGGAGAAGUUGGAAGACCGGGACCAGCUCCAAAGAACGGAAACCGCCCACGAGAAACCCGAGGAUGCCGACAGGAGAGACGACUUGAACCGCUUAAGAACAACGGCUACGGCCACGAGCAUGGCCAGCACCUCGCCGACAAACAAGUUACCUGAGCAGAAACCAUGGUACAGGCAGCCGAACCCCCUCCGAUGGGGCAAAAUCCCCCCAGUCCCCAAGGAGAAGGCCGUGAGCCCAGAGCACAAGGCUGGCUUCUACAGUUUACUUAGUUUCACGUGGAUCGCCCCCCUGAUGAGCCGCGGCUACAAACGGCCGCUCGAGUUCAACGACAUCUACGGCGUCAACCCGGACCGCGCUGUCGACCCCCUGACCGACAAGCUGAGGGUUACCUUCAAACGCCGCCUUGACGCCGGGGAGAAGUACCCGCUGGUAUGGGCUAUCAACGAGACCUUCUUCUGGGAAUUUUGGUUCGGCGGCUUCUGUGCUCUCAUGUCCUCCAUCUUGCAGGUCAUGUCGCCCUUUGUGCUGCGUUACCUGAUUCAGUUCGCCGCCGAUGCCUACGUUGCAAGCCUCCGAGGGCUUCCGGCGCCCAACAUUGCGCACGGCGUGGGAUUGGUGAUUGGCGUCACAGCCAUGCAGGUCCUGCAGAGCUUGGUUACGAACCACUUCUUCUAUCGUGGCAUGCUCGUGGGUGGCAUGGCUAGGGCUUCUCUCGUCAGCUUGAUCUACGAAAAGUCCAUGGUGAUCUCCGGACGUGCCAGGGCUGGAGGAACAGAGCUCCCCGACAUCCCAGCUGCUAAGGUGGCCGAAGAGCAGAGGGAGAAGGACCAAGCGCGUCAAGCAAAGAAAGCCAAGAAAGCCCCUGCAGAAAAGCAACCCGGCGUUUCUGGCGACGGCGCGGGUUGGGACAACGGAAGGAUUAUGGCUCUGAUGAGUGUCGACACCUACAGAAUAGACCAAGCAUUUGGUAUGUUCCAUAUUGUCUGGACCGCUCCCGUCUCAAUUCUCAUCACUCUGGCGAUGCUCCUCGUCAACCUGACCUACAGCGCCCUCGCCGGCUUUGGCCUGCUGGUGCUUGUCAUGCCUCUCCUCUCCAUAGCCGUCAAGGGUCUGUUUGUCCGGAGAAGGGACAUCAACAAGAUCACGGACCAGAGAGUGAGCCUGACACAAGAGAUUAUACAAUCGGUCCGGUUUGUCAAGUUCUUCGGCUGGGAAAAGUCCUUCAUGGCCCGCCUUGAUGAAUACAGGAAUCGCGAAAUCGGGGCAAUCCAAGUUGUGCUGGGCAUCCGCAAUGCCAUCAUGGCCAUCGGCGUCUCUUUGCCAAUUUUCGCCUCCAUGCUCUCGUUCAUCACCUAUUCCUUGACCAACCACGACCUCCGCCCCGCCGAGGUGUUUUCAUCAUUAGCCCUCUUCAAUGGGCUGAGGAUGCCUCUGAACAUGCUUCCCCUCGUCAUCGGCCAGGUCACUGAUGCAUUGUCCUCGCUCUCACGCAUCCAAGAGUUUUUGUUAGCCGAGGAGCGUGAGGACGAAUCCAUCCUCAAACCCGAUGCCCCAAGCGCCGUGGAGAUGCGCGACGCUUCCUUCACGUGGGAGAGGACGCCGACGCAGGAUUCCGAAGGGACUGUUGCUGGGCCGGCUACGGCAUCAGGAACGACGGGAGAGAAAAAGAAUACCGCGACAGCUGCUUCUGGUGAAGAGGAUAGCACCCUUGCAGAGGAACAGGAGCCGUUCAAGCUCCAGGACUUGAGUUUGGAAAUCGGGAGAAACGAACUUGUUGCCGUCAUCGGCACCGUCGGAAGCGGCAAAACCUCCCUCCUGGCUGCGUUGGCUGGCGAUAUGCGCCAAACAAAUGGCGAGGUCAUCUUGGGCGCCUCCAGGGCAUUCUGCCCACAGUACGCCUGGAUUCAGAACGCAACAGUGCAGCAAAACAUCCUCUUUGGGAAAGAGAUGGACAAGCAAUGGUAUGCCGACGUUAUCAAAGCAUGCGCUCUCCAGCCGGACUUGGACAUGUUGCCUAGCAACGACAUGACGGAAAUCGGAGAAAGGGGCAUAACCAUUUCUGGGGGCCAAAAGCAGAGGCUGAACAUUGCCCGCGCCAUUUAUUUCGACGCCGACAUUGUGCUCUUGGACGAUCCCCUGAGCGCGGUCGACGCCCACGUUGGUCGUCACAUCUUUGACAACGCCAUCCUCGGUUUGCUCAAGGACAAGUGCCGGAUCUUGGCAACACACCAGCUGUGGGUGCUGAACCGCUGCGAUCGUAUCAUCUGGAUGGAAGACGGCAAGAUCCAGGCCAUCGACACGUUCGACAAUCUCAUGCAAAACUCGGAGGGCUUUCAGCAACUUAUGGAGUCGACAGCCGUCGAGGAGAAGCAGGAGGACGCCGCGCCUAGUAAGGUACCGGGAGACAAAAGCGAGUCCAAGAAGAAGAAGAAGACCAAGGGUGGCUUGAUGCAAUCCGAAGAGCGCGCUGUCGCAAGCGUUCCGUGGUCGGUCUACUCUUCCUACAUCAAGGCGUCCGGUUCCAUACUCAACGCCCCGCUCGUGAUCGGACUUUUGAUCCUGUCGCAAGGAGCCAACAUCGUCACCAGCUUGUGGCUGUCCUGGUGGACAUCUGACAAGUUCAGCUACCCGAUGGGGACCUACAUUGGCGUCUAUGCCGGCCUCGGCGCCAUCCAAGCGCUGAUCAUGUUCCUCUUCAUGGUAUCGCUCUCGGUUUUCGGUACCAAAGCAAGCAAGGGAAUGUUGCGGCAAGCCGUGAGCAGGGUCCUCCGCGCUCCCAUGUCCUUCUUCGACACGACACCGCUCGGUCGCAUCACGAACCGGUUCAGUCGUGACGUCGACGUCAUGGACAACACCCUCACGGAUGCGUUGCGCAUGUAUUUUUUCAGUCUUGCUAGCAUCAUCGCCGUCUUCAUCCUCAUCAUCGCCUACUUCUACUACUUUGUCAUUGCCCUGGUUCCCUUGGUCAUCAUCUUCCUCUUUGCCACCACCUACUAUCGUGCAUCAGCCCGAGAGGUCAAGCGCAUUGAGUCGAUCCUGAGGUCUACCCUAUCUGCCAAAUUUUCCGAAGGCCUAACGGGCAUUGCCUGCAUUAGGGCCUACGGGUUGAAGGACCGGUUCGUCGCCGACCUUCGCCAAGCGAUCGACGACGUGGACUCGGCUUAUUUCCUCACCUUUUCCAACCAGCGGUGGUUGUCGAUUCGACUCGAUAUGAUAGGCAGCUGCCUAGUCUUCACCACCGGAAUUCUGGUUGUAACGUCGCGGUUCUCGGUCGAUCCGUCGAUUGGCGGCCUGGUUCUCUCAUACAUCCUCUCCAUCGUCCAGAUGAUCCAGUUUACCGUGCGCCAGCUGGCCGAAGUCGAGAAUGGUAUGAACUCAGUGGAGCGUCUCCGUUACUACGGCACAGAACUCGAGCAGGAGGCACCCUUGAAGACGGUCGAAGUCAGGGAAUCCUGGCCGGAGAAGGGCGAGAUCGUGUUUGACAAUGUUGAGAUGCGGUACCGUGCGGGGCUUCCACUGGUGUUACAAGGCCUGAGCAUGCAUAUCCAGGGCGGCGAGCGCAUCGGCAUUGUGGGGCGCACCGGCGCCGGCAAGAGCUCCAUCAUGUCAACCCUUUUCCGGUUGGUAGAACUCUCGGGAGGCCAUAUCACCAUUGACGGCCUCGACAUCUCGACUCUCGGCCUGCAUGACUUGCGCUCGCGACUCGCCAUCAUCCCGCAGGACCCCACCCUCUUCCGUGGCACGGUGCGGAGCAAUCUCGACCCCUUCAACGAGCAUACCGAUCUCAAGCUCUGGUCCGCCCUGCGGCAAGCCGACCUCGUCUCGACCGAUACCGCACAGGGCUCAGAUACGGAGGGCGCGGCCGCACCCAAUAACAACAACAACAGCACCGCUGCCGCGGUCUCGAAGGACGCCAGUCGCAUUCACCUCGACACGGCCGUCGAGGAAGACGGGCUCAACUUCUCGCUUGGCCAGCGCCAGCUAAUGGCGCUCGCGCGCGCCCUCGUACGCGGCUCCCAGAUCAUUGUCUGCGACGAGGCGACGUCGAGCGUCGACAUGGAGACGGACGACAAGAUCCAAGCGACCAUGGCCACGGGCUUCCGCGGCAAGACGCUGCUGUGUAUUGCCCACCGGCUGAGGACCAUCAUCGGGUACGACCGGAUUUGCGUCAUGGAUAAAGGCCGCAUUGCCGAGAUGGGCCCGCCAAUCGAGCUGUGGGCGAUGGAGGGCGGGAUUUUCAGGGGCAUGUGCGAGCGCAGCGGUAUCAGGGUCGAAGAUAUUCGUGGGGCGAGGGAUGUCCUGGAGGGGAUGGGAGGUUUGCCCGCGGGCAAAGGGGAGGAAGCCUGAGGGGGGAAAGAAAAGAAGCGUUGGGAUGCCACUCUGGAUAGGGGCCGAGUUGGCUUGGGAGGUACGAUAGAGGGCUCAGCGGUCCAUAUUUCGACUGUAUAGACAGUUUUCUGCGAAUGAUGAUACAAGCGUGUAAUACAUAAAUAAAUCAAUAAACAUCCGGGUUAAUCUUA